GUGGCUAGCUAGCACCUAGCACAGCGGUGGAGUACGAGCGGCGAAGGACCCGUGUAGUGCGUGGAAUGUGAGAAAACAGGGUGGAAAAACAGCAUAGAAGAAAAAGAAGCAUUAUUGCAAGUGCACGCAGCAGAAGCGCUGAGUUUCUUCGGUCUGAAAACCCCGUAUGGAGCUCUAAGCGACUGUGUAGUUCUAGUUCUACGGUCUAACAUGGCAACAGCAGUAGGCUUUCACGGUGAUAUUGGCGAUAUUGCUCUUGAUCAAGGAACUGUUAAAUCAUUCGUCAAUUUUUCACCAGAAGUUGAGAAGGCUAUCCAACAGGUGCUUCCCAGUAGUGACCCCCUUGACAGUCCUGAUUUGAAUGCAGUAGACUAUAUCAACACUCUCUUCCCAACUGAGCAAUCCCUUUCCAACAUAGAUGAAGUCAUUGCUCGGAUGAAUGCCAAAAUAAGACGUCUGGAUGAGGAAAUCCACACUGUGGUGCGCGGCCAAACGAACGUUGGACGAGAUGGGCGUCAAGCCCUCCAAGAGGCCCACAAAGCAAUUCAACAGCUCUCCCUCUGCAUCAAAGAUAUCAGAGAGAAGGCAGACAGAUCAGAGCACAUGGUGAAGGAGAUAACGCGAGAUAUCAAGCAGCUGGACCAUGCCAAGCGACACCUUACUGCAUCUAUCACGACGCUGAAUCAUUUGCACAUGCUCGUGGAAGGUGUGAAUGAACUUAGACACCUGCAGCAGAAGCGCCACUAUGGAGAAGUGGCUAACCUACUGCAAGGAGUGAUGAACGUAGUUGAGCAUUUCCAUCCGUACAUGGCCAUCUCACAGAUACGACACCUAGCUGAGGAGGUAACCAGCAUACGCUCGGACUUGGCAAAACAGAUUUCAGCAGAUUUCCACGAAGCCUUUGAAGGACCAAAUGCAAAACACUUCACUCCUAGCCAGCAGCUUGCCGAAGCUUGUCUUGUCGUCUCUCUCUUGGAACCCAAAGUGAAGCAAGAACUGCUCAACUGGUUUGUGUCCCUGCAACUGGUGGAGUACCGUCACCUGUUCCAAGCCAACCAAGAAAUGGCGUGGCUGGACCAACUGGAACGCCGUUAUGCUUGGCUCAAGAAAAGCCUUCUGGCAUUUGAAGACAAGUUUGGCCGCAUGUUCCCUGUCGACUGGGAAGUGAGCGAAUGCAUAGCCGUGCAAUUCUGCCACAUUACAAGGAAUGAGUUGAGCCAGCUGAUGAAGAGUCGCGUGCAUGACAUGGACGUGCGCCUCCUGCUCCACGCCAUUCAGACCACGAGCAAUUUUGAGACCUUGCUCUCACACCGGUUCACGGGAGCAACGCUGGUACCUGGAGGCGCGGACACAACCAGUGGCAGAUUAGGGCAAGGAAACCCGUUUAUGGAGGACAACAACCCGUUUUCACAGGACACCGAUUCGAAUACAGAGGAGGAGCAAAUACCGCAGGUACCAGUGACAAAGAUGAAACCAUUCCAAGGUAUUAUCUCCUCAUGCUUCGAACAACACCUCAACAUCUAUGUGGAAUCACAAGAUAGGAGUCUUCGGCAGUUGGUGGAACAGUUUGCUACGGAACCUCCUCCAGCUGUUGAUGCAGGUGUUGGUGUUCUGCCAAGCUGUGCCCAGCUCUUCGUCACUUACAAGAAGUGUCUAGUCCAGUGCAGCCAGCUAAGCACAGGGCAGCCACUCUUGGCACUAGCGCAGGUCUUCAAGCGCCAUCUAUCAGAUUACGCCACUCGAGUACUGCAGGGGUCAUUGCCGAACAGAACAGGAAGCACAAGUAGCUCAGCUGCAGCCUUAAUGCACAACUUCCAAAGCCUACUGAAAGAAGGAGAAACUCCACGACUAACCUCGUCGGAAGUGUGUCACGUCUGCGGAGUGUUAGGCACGGCGGAGUACUGCCUGGAAACGACGCAACAGCUUGAGGGAAAGCUGAAGGAGAAAAUAGCCUCACACCUGUCAUCCGAGAUAACCAUGGCUGACGAGCAGAACCUCUUUCACAAAGUAAUCGACAACUGCAUCCAACUUCUGGUGCAAGACCUGGAAGCAGCCUGUGAACCACCACUGACAGCUAUGGUCAAGACUCAGUGGGGCAGUGUGGAGACUGUAGGUGACCAGAGCAGCUACGUCACGGCUAUCACGUCCCACCUGCGUCAAAUGCUGCCACUCGUCCGUGACAAUCUAUCCAACUCGCGCAAGUACUUCACACAGUUCUGCGUCCGUUUUGCCAGCUCGUUCAUACCAAAGCUGAUCCAGCAACUUUUCAAGUGCAAGCCAGUUUCUCCCGUGGGUGCUGAACAGUUACUUCUGGACACUCACAUGCUCAAGACUGUGUUGCUGGACUUGCCGUUACUAGGCUCUCAGGUCAGCAGGAAAGCCCCUGCAAGUUACACAAAGAUUGUGGUAAAGGGCAUGACCAAGGCUGAAAUGCUCCUAAAAGUAGUCAUGGCUCCUCACGACCCUCCUAAGGGCUUCGUGGAAAACUACCUCAGACUGCUUCCAGACUCUGACCCUCAAGAGUUCCAAAAGGUCCUCGACAUGAAGGGCAUCAAACGCAGCGAGCAGAGCCAGAUGGUGGACAUCUUCAGGACGCACCUGCCACCUGCAAGAGCAACGGGAGAAGGUGGAACAGCUGCCCAGCUUCUCACAGCUCUGACCGCAGCAGGUGCACAUCAACAGGAAGGAAGCCGCAUUCGAUGCCUCGAGAAGCUCAUCAAGAAAAGGCUGUAGCGCGGACCUCACUUGAGGGUGAUGCUGACGAUGCGCACGUCGUCAUAAGGCUUGUCCGUUUUCGGAUGGGUGCGAACGGUGCUGAUGUUCUGCACGGACUCCAUGCCCCUGGUGACGCGGCCGAAUACGGUGUGCUUGUUGUCCAGCCACGGUGCCGGGAUGACAGUAAGAAAGAACUGCGAGCCGUUUGUGUUGGGUCCCGCAUUUGCCAUGCUCAGGGUGUAGGGCCGGUCGUGUUUCAGAGUGGGGUGAAACUCGUCCUCAAACUCCCCUCCCCAAAUGGACUCUCCGCCGGUGCCCGUGCCGGUCGGGUCACCCGUCUGCACCAUGAACCCUUUGAUGACUCGGUGGAACAGGUGGCCGUUGUAGUAGCCGUUUUUCGCGUGCACGCAGAAGUUUUCCACCGUACGCGGGCACUCCUUCACGAAUAAAGAACACUGUAUAUCUCCCA